AUGAGUACUGCAAGUCUUGGAGUUCAUUGUAUUCAAGAUACACUCAAAGAAGAUAUGGAACUGGAACAACAACUAAAUCUCAUUAAUAAGCCUUCUAUCAAAGUUAUUCAGACAAAAUAUGGAGACAUUGUUGAUUGCAUUGAUAUUAAUAAACAACUAGCAUUCGAUCAUCCUUUAUUAAAGAAUCAUAAAUUACAGAGAAAACCCAGUUUUCGAAAUCCAGUUAGAAAAACUAGUAUGAAGAAUGUAAGAGAUAAACACAUAUUUGGACUCGACAAAGACCAAUGUCCUAAAGGAACUAUUCCUGUCCGAAGAACAACAAAAGAAGAUUUGAUUCGUGAAAAAGGUUUAUUAAAUAAUAGUAUCUUUGUUCAAGAUAUUCCUGGUGUUCAUCUUGCAGAGGUAGCUCUUUCUUCAAAAUUUAGUCCAUAUUAUGGAGUGAAAGGAACAAACAGUAUUUAUAAUCCAAAAGUUACUAAGAGUCAAAUGUCCCUUUCUCAUGUAUGGGUUCAAAACGGACCUUUUAACAAAAUCAGUCUUGGAUGGCAUAGAGACAAUUACGAUCAGACGGGAUGCUACAAUCUUAAAUGUCCAGGUUUUGUUCAGACUCAUGGUGCUAUUUUUGUUGGUGCACCUUUUACAAAUGUAUCUUCUUAUGGAGGACCACUUGUUGAUUUUCUCAUUUCUAUUAAUCAGGACCCUUUAACUAAAAAUUGGUGGUUACGUGUAAAAGAUUCUUAUAUUGGAUAUUUUCCUAUAAAAUUGUUCUCCGGCUUGGAUUCCGCAGAUAAAGUAGGGUGGGGUGGAAGAACAUUAACUCCUAAAGGUUCUAAUAGUCCUCCAAUGGGAUCUGGACAUUUUCCUGAUAUGCACUUUCAUCAUGCAAUGAUGGGAGUUUGCACAUUGAAGCCACAAAAGGCAAACCCCUACGCGCUUCGCGAAGCGGAAGCCAACCCUUCGCAAAUCCCAAAAGCCCCACUUAGUCCCGCCGCAGUUCAUGGUGUGAGCACAUACUGCAGAUGUCUUUGGCUUGCUGCUCUACAAGCUGCCGCAGCAAUGGCCCUUGAACUGGGUGACAGGGGUUUUUGA